AAAAAAAAAAAAAAUGCAGCACCACGGGGCCAUGGGCGUCUCGCGGACAGGUCGCGCGCGCCGCCCCCGCGCCCGGUGUCCCCGGCGGCGGCUCGGGUGGGCAGUCGGCGGUGCGUGUGCGGGGGGCGGGGGUCUCCCGCGCAGCGCAGGGGCAGGUGCGGGAGGCCCUCCCCCGGCAGGAGCAUGCCCGCGCCGGCGUGGGUCGGGGGGCUGCGCGCUAGGUGGGACCGCGAGGUGGCUGCCGGCGUUCGUUCGUCAUCGCGGAGCGGCGAGCUGCCGCCGCCAGGAAGGGAGCCCGGGCGGCGACGGCGACCUUAAUUUCCUGUCGCAGCGCGCCGGCGGUCGGUGGAGGUGGCUUUUAUGAGAGUUACAAACUACAAUACUGUGGUGGAAACGAAUUCAGAUUCAGACGAUGAAGACAAACUCCAUAUCGUGGAAGAAGAGAGUGUCGCCGAUGCGGCGGACUGUGAAGGCGGUGUGCCCGAGGACGAGCUGCCGGCAGAGCAGACGGUGCGGCCCGGGCGCGGGGAGCGAGAAGGCGCCUCCCAGAACUGCUGGGAGGAUGACGCAGGAAAGGAAGGGUCAGAAACCCUGGGGCCUGAAGCUCAGGCCGAUGGAGCAGGAUGUACAGUAAAAGAAGACGAUUGUGACUCGGAUGCAGAAAAUGAGCAAAACCAUGAUCCUAACGUUGAAGAGUUCCUGCAACAACAAGACACGGCCGUCAUCUAUCCCGAGGCGCCUGAAGAGGACCAGAGGCAGGGCACACCAGAAGCCAGUGGUCAGGAUGAGAAUGGAACACCAGAUGCAUUUUCCCAGUUGCUCACGUGCCCAUAUUGCGACAGGGGCUAUAAGCGCUUUACCUCUCUGAAAGAACACAUUAAAUAUCGCCAUGAAAAGAACGAGGACAACUUCAGUUGCUCCCUGUGCAGUUACACCUUUGCCUACAGAACCCAACUGGAGCGUCACAUGACGUCACACAAGUCAGGACGAGAUCAAAGACAUGUGACACAGUCUGGGGGUAAUCGUAAAUUCAAGUGCACUGAAUGUGGAAAAGCUUUCAAAUACAAACACCACCUAAAAGAGCACUUAAGGAUUCACAGCGGAGAGAAGCCAUAUGAAUGCCCAAACUGCAAGAAACGUUUUUCCCAUUCUGGUUCCUAUAGUUCACACAUAAGCAGUAAGAAAUGUAUCAGCCUCAUGCCUGUGAAUGGGCGGCCAAGGACAGGAAUCAAGACGUCUCAGUGUUCCUCGCCAUCUCUGUCGGCAUCACCAGGCAGUCCCACGCGACCACAGAUCCGGCAAAAGAUAGAGAAUAAACCCCUUCAAGAACAACUUUCUGUAAACCAAAUUAAAACUGAACCUGUGGAUUAUGAAUUCAAACCCAUCGUGGUUGCUUCAGGAAUCAACUGUUCAACCCCUUUACAAAACGGGGUUUUUAGCGGUGGUGGCCCAUUGCAGGCGACCAGCUCUCCUCAGGGUGUGGUGCAAGCUGUUGUUCUGCCAACAGUUGGUUUGGUGUCUCCCAUUAGCAUCAAUUUAAGUGACAUUCAGAAUGUACUUAAAGUGGCAGUCGAUGGUAAUGUCAUACGGCAAGUUUUGGAGAAUAAUCAAGCCAAUCUUGCAUCCAAAGAACAAGACACAAUCAGUGCUUCAUCCCUACAACAAGGUGGCCACUCUGUGAUUUCAGCCAUCAGCCUUCCUUUGGUUGAUCAAGAUGGAACAACCAAAAUUAUCAUUAACUACAGUCUGGAGCAGCCCAGUCAACUUCAGGUUGUUCCGCAGAAUUUAAAAAAAGAAAAUCCGGUCCCCACAAACAGCUGCAAAAGCGAGAAGCUACCAGAAGAUCUGACUGUUAAGUCUGAGAAGGACAAAAGCUUUGAAGGAGGCGCGGAUGACAGCACUUGCCUUCUGUGUGACGACUGUCCGGGCGAUCUCAAUGCACUUCCCGAACUGAAGCACUAUGACCUGCAGCAGCCUGCGCAGCCGCCUCCAGCCCCGGCCCCAGAAGCGGAGAAGCCCGAGGCCUCUGUCCCUUCAGGCGCUGGGGAUGGCAGUUUGUCCCCCAGUCACCCACCUCUGAAGAACCUCUUGUCCCUUCUGAAAGCAUAUUAUGCUUUGAACGCACAGCCCAGCGCGGAGGAGCUCUCCAAAAUCGCCGACUCGGUGAACCUGCCCCUGGACGUCGUUAAGAAGUGGUUUGAGAAGAUGCAGGCUGGGCAGAUUUCAGUGCAGCCUUCUGAACCGUCUUCUCCUGAACCCGGCACAGUAAACAUCCCCGUGAAGAACGAGGAUCAGCCUCCACCCACGACUGACAGUGAAGCCCAGGACGGCACAAAAAGCCUACAGAGCCCUCUGAAGAAGACUGACUCUCCGGGUCCGCCGGCGGGAUCAGCCGUCAGCGGCUCUAGAAGCAGUACCCCGUCCCCGUCCCCUCUCAACCUCUCCUCAUCCAGAAAUCCACAGGGUUACCCGUACACAGCGGAGGGUGCACAGGAAGAGCCUCAAGUAGAACCUCUUGAUCUUUCACUACCAAAGCAACAGGGAGAAUCAUUGGAAAGGUCAACUAUCACUAGUGUUUACCAGAACAGUGUUUAUUCUGUCCAGGAAGAACCCUUGAACUUGUCUUGUGCAAAAAAGGAGCCACAAAAGGACACUUGUGUUACAGACUCAGAACCAGUUGUAAAUGUAAUCCCACCAAGUGCCAACCCCAUAAAUAUUGCUAUCCCGACAGUCACUGCCCAGUUACCCACAAUCGUGGCCAUUGCUGACCAGAACAGUGUUCCGUGCUUACGCGCACUGGCUGCCAAUAAGCAGACUAUUCUGAUUCCCCAGGUGGCUUACACAUACUCAGCUACAGUCAGCCCUGCCGUCCAGGAGCCACCCUUGAAAGUCAUCCAGCCCAACGGAAGUCAGGAUGAAAGGCAAGACACUAGCUCAGAAGGGGUGUCAAACGUCGAGGAUCAGAAUGACUCUGAUUCUACGCCACCCAAAAAGAAAAUGCGAAAGACAGAAAAUGGAAUGUAUGCUUGUGAUCUGUGUGAUAAGAUAUUCCAGAAGAGUAGCUCAUUAUUGAGACACAAAUAUGAACACACAGGGAAACGACCUCACGAGUGCGGGAUCUGCAAGAAGGCGUUCAAACACAAACACCACCUGAUCGAGCACAUGCGACUGCACUCGGGGGAAAAGCCCUACCAAUGUGACAAGUGCGGAAAGCGCUUCUCGCACUCGGGCUCCUACUCGCAGCACAUGAACCACCGCUACUCCUACUGCAAGCGCGAGGCGGAGGAGCGCGGGGGCGCCGAGCCCGAGCCGGAAGAGGCGGGCCCGGAAGGGGCGGGGCCGGAAGCCGUGCGGCGCGAGCGCGCGGGCGACUCCGACGAGCGGGAGAGCCUGACGCGGGAGGAGGACGACGAGAGCGACAAGGACGACGACGAGGAGGAGGACAGGGAGCUGGAGGAGCUGCAGGACGGGAAGGGAUGUGGCAGGCCGCAGGGGGACGGGGACGAGGACGGGGACGAGGAGGAGGAGGCCGCGGAGGAGGAAGAAGGCGCGGGGGCGGAGGCCGGGGCCGCGGGGCCCGCGGGCAGCGUGGAGCAGAAAGUGAGCGAGGGCGGCGAGCGCGCGUCCGGAGAGCGAGCCAACGAGGCCUGAGCGCGCCGGCGCGAGUGGAGGCCGGCCGGUGGUGCGGAGGGCUCUCCAGUACCCAUGCUUGCGCGGGAGCGCCUACUGUGCUUCCUGUUCACUACUGUGUAAAGUAAAAACAGCGACAAAAACACAAAAACAACAAAAAAGCAAAAAACACACAAAAAAAUCCGGGUGUGCCUGAACCUCAGACCUAGUCAUUUCUCAAGUUAUGAACAAGUUUGUACCGUGAAGCAGAUUAGGAAACUUGACUGACUCAGAAAGCGGAGACGGGACAGGGAGAGGAAGCUGAAGAAUGAAUUAGAUAAGCAUCCGGCAUUGUUUCAUGUGAUCAGUAUUAAUUAUCACUUACGUUGGUUUAUUCUUACGCUGUACAAUUGGGAGAAAUUUUAUAAUUUUAUAUUGGUAAACAUAUGCUAAAUCCGCUUCAGUAUUUUAUUAUGUUUUUUAAAAUGUGAGAAUUUCUGCACUACAGAAUUCCCUUCACGGAGAAGUGUAAUGCGAUUCCAAACCGUGCUGGCUACCCUGGCUCGAUCAGCCUGCAAGGUAGCCAUUUCGAACCCUUAGGUGUCGUAGUGGAGCGUAUUCUCAUGGGAAGUGUGUCGUUAGCCUUAAGAAAGCAGCCAGUAGAACGGAGGUUUCUUACUCGUGUGGGUUCAGAUGGAGUUGAGGAGACGUCGUGGCGUUCCGAUGGCAGGGACUACAGUGUUACUGCUGGGGAGGACAGCGGGGUCGUCAGAAUCAGUGUUCGUAAUUGUGUUCGCGUUCGUGGUAACCAAUAUGAAGGAUAUGAUAUGAAGCUUUGUAUCUCCUUUGGCCUUAAGCAAGACCUGUGUGCUGUAAGUGCCAUUUCUCAGUAUUUCCCAGGCUCUCACCCGCCUUCAUUCAGUGUGUGGCCUACAAUAACUAGCAUUUGUUGAUUUGUUUGUUGCAUCAAAAUUCCCAAGGAAAGCUGAAAACCACUGACUCCUGUCAGAGAAACGGAAACACUGGGACAUUUCACCUUUCAGUUGCUCAGUAUUCAUUUCGCGUUAAUUGACUUCACAGUUUCUCGAAUAUAAAUGAAAGGGAAAUUUUCUAAUCUGCUUUAUCCAUGUGCUUGCAUUUCAGACAUGGACAUGCCAUUGCUAUUUGGCUCAUAACUGUUUCCAAAUGUUAGUUAUUAUGGACCCCGUUUAUUAACAACAUUAGCUGGUUUUUACCUAUCAGUAUUAUUUUAUUUCUUUUAGUUUAUAGAUCCGUGCAACAUUUUUGUACUGUAUGUCUUCAAACCUGGCAGUAUUAAUACCCUUCUUACUGACAUAUGUACUUUUAGUUUUAGAAAACUUUUAUAUUUAUGUGUCUUAUUUUUAUAUUUCUUUAUUUAUUACACAGUGUAGUGUAUAAUACUGUAGUUUGUAUUAAUACAAUAAUAUAUUUUAGUAUGAAAAUUUGGAAAGUUGAUAAGAUUUAAAGUAGAGAUGCAAUUGGUUGUCUUGCAUUGAGAUUUGAUUUAACAGUGUUAUGUUAACAUUUAUACUUGCCUUGGACUGUAGAACAGAAUUUAAAUGGGAAUGUAUUAGUUUUACAACUACAAUCAAGUCAUUUUACCUUUACCCAGUUUUUAAUAUAAAACUCUUAAAUUUUGAAAUUCACUGUGUGACUAAUAGCAUGAUGCUCUACAGUUUUAUUAAGAGAUUAGCCUAACCAUAAAACUCUCAUUUCCUUAGUAAGCCAAAUUAGGAUUACCUUAUAUAAACAGUGUUGGGAACAAUGUUUAACAUUUUGUGCCAAUUUGUUCCUGUAUUCAUGUAUGUAAGCUACAAUCUGACUCUUCAUUUUUAAGUUCCUUGUCACACCAUGGUCAUUUUCUAGUUUUUUACCGGACUUCCCCCAUCUCACAAUAAAAUGCAUCAACAAGCCUGA